AUGGCCUACUUCGAGGAUGGCGCCGAAGGAGCGUUUGCGCCGCGGCAGGCGUCCGGCCCGCGACGCCCAAGACCCGUCACAGAUUACGGCUCGUCGCUGGUGCAAUGGAUGAGGAUGCUGCCUCCCGUCGCUGCAAGCCACUCAGCUGCAGAUACGAUUCCCGUUCGGCACCUGCACCAGUCUAUUGGAAAAUCGAAGAAACCUAUAACCGUCGUGAGGUGGACGCCAGACGGCCGCCGUCUGCUUACGGGUGGCCAUACUGGUGAAUUCAUGCUAUGGAACGGCACAGCUUUCAACUUUGAAACUGUUAUGGAUGCACAUUAUGAUCAAUUUCAGGCCGGCGUGACUUCGGCUGCUUGGUCGCAUAGCCAUGACUGGCUGAUAUCGGGUGGCCAGAAGGGCGAUGUUAAGUACUGGAGACCGAAUUUCAACAACGUAGAGACGGUCGACGACGCGCACCAAGAAGCAGUUAGGGAUCUGACAUGGUGCCCCAACGAUUCGAAAUUCCUUUCCGCAUCUGACGAUACCACGCUGAAAAUAUUCGAUUUUACGGCUCGAACAUGCGAGAUGGUUUUAACUGGGCAUGGAUGGGAUGUAAAGUCAUGCGACUGGCAUCCUACAAAGGGCCUCCUGGUUUCCGGCUCUAAGGAUCAUCAAGUCAAAUUCUGGGAUCCUCGCACUGGUAGAUGCUUAACUACGCUACAUACACACAAGAAUACCGUUACGACGACGAAAUUCUCCCCGGUAAACACUAACUUACUGGGAACAUCAUCUCGCGACCAAACCGGUCGUGUCUUUGAUCUCCGCAUGAUGCGGGAUAUAUGUAUCCUGCGAGGCCACGAGAAGCCAAUAUCAUCUCUAACCUGGCAUCCAAUACAUAGCAACAUGAUAUCUACGGGUAGCGAAGACGGUUCCUUGUACCAUUAUCUACUCGACGAACCCAACCUCCCCACCGGACAGAUUCCUACAGUUGCCCCAUAUGGCACCACGGACCCUGCAAACACUCCCGCCCAAGUGAUAUUCCCAGCGCACAAGAUACAGUAUGCUCAUGGCUCUACCAUUUGGUCUCUUGACUGGCACCCCCUCGGCCACAUACUUGCUUCAGGUUCAAAGGACAACUUCACCCGUUUCUGGUCCCGUGCCCGACCUGGGGAAAUCAACUACCUCAAAGACCGAUUCCAUAUUGGAGAAGAAGCUGCCGAGGCACAAGGAACUUGGAACCGCGGAUUCGGGCGUAAACAGAUGCGCGAGGAAGAAGAACAAGAAGCCCAGGAAGAGGAUGAAAGCCGUAUGGACCAAAGACAGGCUGGAGAAUCGCAAAUUCCAGGAAUUCAAAAUGCACUCCCUGCCGAGGGACACGGACUGCCUGGUUUACUGCCUGGCAUCGGUGCGUUGCAACCACCACCACCUCCUCCACCAAAUGCAUCUGGCGCACCCUCGUCUUUACCACAGAUGGAUCCGGGACGAUUAGCCGCUAUGCUAUCCCAGGGCGGUUACGUUCCACCGCCGCCGCCGCCUCCCGGCCAGGGCCAGCAGCCUCCAUUCCCACACUCCACGCAGCCGCUGCCUUUUUACCCCAACCCUAACAUGCCGAGCAACUUGCCACCAAAUAUAGCUCAGAUGUUCGCCAACCAGCAGUUCCCACCGCCCGGAAUGCCUCAGGGUUUUGGACAGCAAAAUCCUGCAUACCCGCCGUCAGGGUUACCUGGUCUUUUUGCAGGGCCAAAUGAUCAUCCCAAGUGA